AUGUUCAUCGGCGGGUUGAACUGGGAGACUACAGACCAGUCUCUCAAGGAUUACUUUUCCCAGUUUGGAGAAGUCCAUGAAUGCACUGUCAUGCGAGAUGGUGCUUCUGGCCGAUCAAGGGGGUUCGGCUUCCUUACAUUCACCGACCCGAAGACGGUAAACACGGUUAUGGUGAAGGAGCAUUACUUGGAUGGUAAAAUUAUCGACCCUAAACGUGCCAUCCCUCGAGAUGAGCAAGAACGGACGAGUAAAAUUUUUGUUGGUGGAGUGAGUCAGGAGGCAACUGAGCAAGAGUUCAAACAGUUUUUUAUGCAAUUCGGCCGCGUUGUAGACGCGACUCUCAUGAUUGAUAAGGAUACUGGACGUCCUCGAGGAUUUGGAUUUGUGACCUUUGAUAGCGAGGCUGCCGUGGAAGCAACACUUUCAGUGCCACUGGAAAUACAUGGCAAAGCAAUUGAGGUGAAAAAGGCUCAACCUCGCGGGAACCUGAGGGACGAUGAAGAGAGCCGCAGACUAGGCAAACGUGGCUUCCGUGAUGAUCGGUUUAAAGAAGGCGAUCGUGGCAGUGGAUCUGAUUCAGGGCAGCAACAAAAUACUCAGAAUCAAGCCAACAUGGCAGGUGGCAUGACACCCCAAAUGAUGGCCCAGUAUUGGCAGCGGAUGCAACAAUAUUUUGCUUUGAUGCAACAGCAAAUGGCCUCAACCCAAGGCCAAGGGAUGAACCCAGCAAUGGGAGGUAUGAACCCCGCUCUGUUGCAACAAAUGCAGCAAAUGCAACAAAUGCAACAAAUGAAGCAGCCAGGUCCCCAACAACAAGGUGGAAUGAGCCCAUCCUCUCAAACGCCCCCUAGCGCACAAGGAAUGCAAGGAAUGAUGAACCCAGCGAUGCAGCAGAUGCAGCAGAUGCAACAGAUGCAACAGAUGAACCAGAUGCCCAAUCAGGGUCAAGCAGGGCCAGGCUUCCCAGGUGGGAUGGGCGGUCAGAUGGCUGGAAACAUGCCAGCGGCUGUUGCAGGAGGGCCUGGAGCAGCAGCUGGAGCGACGAACAACGCUGGCAUGGGUGGAAAUUUCGGUGGUAAUAGAGGCGGUCCUGGGUACAACGCUCAGGAGCAACUAGCAUUUGAGCAACAGAAGUACGAGCAACAACAGGCCCGACGGACAGUCGAUCCUCGAGGCUACCCGGCAUAUCAACAAGGUAACCCAACCUCUUGGGAGGGAAUGUAUGACGAUACACCGCAACCCAAUUUGCCAACUGGUCCUCAGGGGAUGGGCCGUGCCGGCAGUGCUGCCAGCUCUAUGGGACGAGGGAUGUCGCCAAAUGUUGCAAAUAAACCUCCUCAGCCCGUUACAUCUCCACAACCGCAGAGUGCACCGCCUGCGAAUGCUCCCACCGGUCCUCGAAAUGCCGGAAGGCCAGGGGCUAAUUAUCGCGGGGGAGGUCGCGGAGCGCACCGAGGAUUCCACCCUUACGCCCGCGGUUAA